AAGGCGAUUGCUGGGAAGCUUGGAUCUCUGAGCGCCAGGAAGGCGAUGCAGUUGCUCAUAGCCCUUUGGGGGCUUCUGCUGGGGGUGCCCAGGGCUCCAUCUUUGUCCCUGGAAACUGCAGAGGAGACAGAGCUGGAGCCCUGCCUGACCCUUAGCCCGAUGCAGCAAGAGCAGGAGCUAAGCCUGGCCCUUGGACACCCCCUAUGCCUGUGCUGUGGGCGCACGGAGCGUGGAGGUCACUGGUACAAAGAUGGUGCUCGCCUGGCUCCUGCUGGUCGGGUCCGAGGCUGGAGGGGUCGCCUGGAGAUUGCCAGCUUCCUCCCCCAGGAUGCUGGUCACUACUUCUGCUUGGCACGAGGUUCCAUGCUUGUCCUGUACAACCUCACCUUAGUGGUGGAUGACUCAUCAACCCCCAGCGAUGGCUAUGAACCACCUCAAGACCCCCAAGACCACGCCAACGAGCAUGAGUCUCCCCUGCAGGCUCCCUACUGGACCCACCCCCAGCGCAUGGAGAAGAAAUUGCACGCUGUGCCUGCUGGGAACACAGUCAAGUUUCGCUGUCCUGCGGCAGGUAACCCCACACCUACCAUCCGCUGGCUCAAGGAUGGCCAGGCUUUCCAUGGGGAGCAGCGCAUCGGAGGCAUUCGGCUGCGCCAUCAGCACUGGAGCCUGGUGAUGGAAAGCGUGGUUCCCUCGGAUCGGGGCACUUACACCUGCCUGGUGGAGAACUCGGUGGGCAGCAUCCGCUACAACUAUCUCCUGGAUGUGCUGGAGCGGUCCCCACACCGGCCCAUCCUGCAGGCAGGCCUUCCAGCCAACACCACUGCAGUGGCAGGCAGUGACGUGGAGCUGCUGUGCAAAGUCUACAGUGAUGCACAGCCACACAUCCAGUGGCUGAAGCACAUCAUCAUCAACGGCAGCAGUUUUGGGGCCGAUGGGUUCCCCUACGUGCAAGUGCUCAAGACGGCAGACAUCAACAGCUCUGAAGUGGAGGUGCUAUACCUGCGGAAUGUGUCCGCUGAGGAUGCGGGCGAGUACACCUGUCUGGCAGGCAACUCCAUCGGCCUCUCAUACCAGUCGGCCUGGCUCACAGUGCUGUCAGAGGAGGACGUGGCCUGGUCGGCGGCGGUGCCUGAGGUGAAGUACACGGACAUCAUCCUUUACGUGCUCGGCUCACUGGCUCUGCUGGUGCUCCUGGUGCUGGUGGGGCUGUACCGUGGGCAGAUGCUGCGCAGCCGCCAACCCCGGCAACCCGCCACUGUGCAGAAGCUGUCCCGCUUCCCCCUGGCCCGGCAGUUCUCCCUUGAGUCUGGGUCCUCAGCCAAAUCCAGCUUGUCCCUAGUGCGGGGCGUCAGACUGUCCUCCAGCAGCCCGCCCUUGCUGGCAGGCCUGGUGAGUGUUGACUUGCCUCUGGACCCGCAGUGGGAGUUCCCCCGGGACAGGCUGGUGCUGGGCAAACCCCUUGGCGAGGGCUGCUUCGGGCAGGUGGUGUGCGCUGAGGCUUUGGGCAUGGACCCUGCACGGCCCGACCAAACCAGCACUGUGGCUGUGAAGAUGCUCAAGGACAAUGCCUCUGACAAAGACUUGGCUGACCUGGUCUCUGAGAUGGAAGUGAUGAAAUUCAUUGGCCGACACAAGAAUAUUAUCAAUUUACUGGGGGUCUGUACCCAAGAAGGGCCCCUGUACGUGAUUGUGGAAUAUGCUGCCAAGGGUAAUCUGCGUGAGUUCCUGCGAGCCCGCCGUCCACCUGGCCCAGAACUCAGUCCCGAGGAAGAACCCCACUGCACGGAGGAGCCUCUGUCCUUCCCUACACUCGUAUCCUGUGCCUACCAAGUAGCCCGUGGCAUGCAGUACCUGGAAUCUCGGAAGUGCAUUCACCGUGACCUGGCGGCCCGAAAUGUGCUAGUGACUGAAGACAAUGUGAUGAAGAUCGCAGAUUUUGGGCUGGCACGAGGCGUCCACCACAUUGACUACUAUAAGAAAACCAGCAAUGGCCGCCUGCCUGUCAAGUGGAUGGCCCCUGAGGCCCUGUUUGACCGGGUGUAUACACACCAGAGUGAUGUAUGGUCCUUUGGGAUCCUGCUGUGGGAGAUCUUCACCCUCGGGGGCUCCCCAUACCCUGGUAUCCCCGUGGAAGAGCUUUUCUCCCUGCUGCGCGAGGGCCACCGCAUGGACCGGCCUCCCAACUGCCCUCCCGAACUCUACGGGCUCAUGCGUGAGUGCUGGCACGCGGCCCCUUCGCAGAGACCCACUUUCAAGCAGCUGGUGGAGGCCCUGGACAAGGUGCUGCUGGCUGUGUCUGAGGAGUAUCUGGACCUCCGUCUGACCUUUGGGCCCUACUCCCCCACUACUAGUGGGGAGACCACCAGCAACUGCUCAUCCAGUGACUCGGUGUUCAGCCAUGAACUCCUGCCGCUGCCCUCAGCUUCCUUCCCUUACCCGGAAGUACAGACCUGAGCACCUGGCCCUGAUGGCCGAGGACUUUUCC